AUCCACAGUGUAUUGGUAGCAAAUCAGUACUCUUAAGUUUCAUUCAGUUUUCUCAAGUUUAUUUGAAGUAUUCUCCUUAGACUUAUAUAAAUGUAAUGAAUCAAAAAAAUUGAAAUGCUUCCUACAGUAAAGCAGAUGAAUACACUCAGUAUGAAGAUGGCAGGCAUGUCUGCUAAUACUUAAAGAAACACGCCCAUUCAACUCACUCUUCCUGCUUUGGAUAUAAAAGAGGAGGCAAACAGAGCAGUGGACAGAAACCACAAAGCUGCAGUGAUGGAGAAUCUACAGAGAAGAAUAAACUUCAACAGAGAUUUUCUUAGACACUAUGAUAUCUUUGGACAAAGUGGAUCCCCUUUUCCAAACUACAGACUGCUCAUUUUGUGUCUGGGACUGCUGAACGUUGUUUUGCUGAUAACCGCUGUUGCUAUUGAGAUUAAAUGUGCCAGAGUCAAAGAGGCUUCCCUCCCGGUUUCCCACUCAGCUGCAACACAGCUCAUCAAUGAGCUGAACUUUCUCCGCAGCAACCACAGCGAUGUGAUUGAAGCUGAAGAGGAGGCCAAGAAGGCGUUAGAGGCAGCGCUAAAAAACCACACACAACUAAAGGUGCAAAUUGAGCAGCAGAAGACAAUCAAUGACGAUUUUCAGAGACAGAUGGAUGCUCUGCGCACAGAGAAGACAAAUCUGCAGACCAACAUAUCAGCUUUGGAGGGAACCUGUGGCAAAUGCCUCACUGGAUGGGCUCUUUUCAACUCAUCCUGCUAUUUCUUUUCUUACUCUGAGUCCAAAACUGUCAAAAAGAACUGGCCAGACAGCAGAGAGGACUGUAUCAGUCGCAGAGCUGAUCUGGUUGUGAUUGAUAACCCGGAGGAGCAGAAAUUUGUGAGUGGCUCGAUUGACAGUAUGAGAAGCGGCCGUGACAUCUGGCAGAAUGGAUUCUGGAUCGGUCUCACUGACACAGAGGCAGAGGGGACAUGGGUUUGGAUUAAUAAUGUCACUGAGGUCGAACGAAGGUACUGGAUGGAUGGUGAACCAAACAACCUUCACCAGGGAGAGGAUUGUGGGGUUGCAGUUUAUAGCGACCUCAAUCCUUGGAAAACCUGGUAUGAUGGAAGGUGCAUCGUUAAACAGCUUCAUUGGAUAUGUGAAAUGGCAUUAACAUAGAUCUGGAAGCAUUGUCCAAAAGUAAAUAUUUGUAACUGUCUUUGAAAAAUGUAUAAA